CUAUCAUCAUCAUUUCAAUCAUCGUCGAUCAAUUUUUCCUCCUUUCUGGCUUUCUGCUCAUCUUCCUUCCUCUCCUGCGCCUUCUCAUCUUACUGUAAUUUAGAUUCAUCACACACAUUGUUUUCUUCUUCUUCUUCUUUUCAAUCUGAUUUGUCACGGUUCCCACACAUCUUUUCUUCUCCUUCGAAUCAGAUUCGCCGGUGAUGAUGGUCCCAAAAGAAGUAACCACAUGAUUUAAUUUUAAUGGGUUUCCGGUUUAUUUGGGUCAGAUGGGUUCGGUCCGACUGAGAGGGGAGAUCUUGUUGGUAGACCAAGCUGCUCUUCUUUUUUUUUUUUAUGGAUCGAGUUUUUGAUGUUGCACGGCAAUUUUUUCUCUAAACAGCAACCAUCCUGGCGACAAUCAACUACCGGAGGGCGGCUACAAAAAUUAGUCCCUCUCCCGAAUUAAACCUUGGUAUCAAUAAUUUGUGGAGUGAACUUCUUGGAUGCGAGGAUACCAGAAGUGUAAAUAUGAAGCCAUGUUAGGCUCUCUCAAUGCUCAUGGUGUAUCCCAGAAUGGCCCCAAGACCCCUUCGUCUCAGCUUUAGACGACCCCGAUUGCAAUUGGUAUUUAUUAUACUCUUGAUUGUUGUGCCUAUCAGCAUUAUUGGGAUCGUUAACCAUGGCCAAAAGGUCUCCUACUUUCUUCGCCCUCUUUGGGAUCGUUCACCUGAGCCAUUUCAGAAGCUUCCUCAUUACUAUGCAGAGAAUGUUUCUAUGGGCCAACUGUGUAUGCUUCAUGGAUGGUCAUUGCGUUCAGAACCGCGCCGAGUGUUUGAUGCCAUAAUAUUCAGCAACGAGGUGGACAUUCUUGAAAUCAGGUGGCGUGAACUCCUUCCUUACAUUACUAAGUUUGUAAUCUUGGAGGCCAACACCACCUUCACUGGCAUCCCAAAACCUCUAUAUUUUGCUAAAAGUCGCCGCCGGUUUGCAUUUGCUGAGGAAAAGAUUGUUCAUGAUGUAUUUCCUGGUCGUGUUUUGCCGUAUGGGUCACAUGAAGACCCUUUUGAACUUGAAUCCGAUCAACGUGUGGCUAUGAAUGGAUUGCUGCGACGUGCCGGGAUUUCUGCGGGCGAUGUUCUCAUUAUGUCAGACACAGAUGAAAUCCCAAGUCCUCACACAGUAAAACUGCUGCAAUGGUGUGACGGGGUGCCUCCUGUAUUACAUCUUGAGUUAAAGCACUACUUGUAUUCUUUUGAGUUUCCAGUUGACUAUAGUAGUUGGCGAGCGACAGUCCACAUUUACAGCCCCUGGACUCGCUAUCGACAUUCACGCCAAACUGAUUUGAUUCUCGCAGAUUCAGGAUGGCAUUGUAGCUUUUGCUUCCGCACUCUGCAAGAGUUUGUUUUCAAAAUGACUGCCUACAGUCAUGCUGACCGUGUUAAGCGUAAAGAUUUCCUGGAUUACUCUAGGAUACAAAAGAUAAUCUGUAGAGGAGAUGAUCUUUUUGACAUGUUACCUGAGGAGUACUCUUUUAAGGAACUGAUCAAGAAGAUGGGAUCGAUUCCUGCUUCAGCAUCGGCGGUUCAUCUUCCUGCUUCCUUGGUUGAAAAUGCCGAAAAGUUCAAAUUUCUUCUUCCUGGAGGUUGUAACCGCGCAGCCGAGUGAAUGUGGUCUUGAGAAUCACAUGUACAGAUACAGUUUUGUGGCACACCAUGAUCUUCAUUUACCGUGUAGGAAACGUUAGUGCUCCCCCCUGAUCCUGUCGUUUGCAUUUCUGGGCAAUCACUUGCUCAUUUUAAAGUUAAAUUAGUGUAGUUAAUUUGUAACUUAGCGGUUGAAACAUGGAGGAUUUUGUUCUUUUUGAUUUGCAGGGUGGAAUAUGUCCUUUUUUCUGAGGAAAAGCUAGAUUAAGAGCCAGUGAUUUUUAUUUUUUAUUUUUUCAUUUUUGCAGAAUCAGAAUCUUCACGUUUUUGGUCGAUAUCUGUUUUCCUUAAUCUUCCAUUUUGCUGGUCAAUAUUGUAAAGGUUCCAACGUAUUGCCACUCUAACUACCAAAAGAAAGAAAAGUCAAAUCAAUUUGGAGUCGUCGCUUCCCAUUAACGGCCCACUUGAAGAAGUGUUUGCAUCGUGGGAAAAAAGAAAAAGAGUUUAAAAGGAAUUUUCCAACGUUGUACUCCAAGAAAACCUUUUUUCAUUCGAAUCUCUUCAGACAAUAUGCAGUCCAGCCGUUAAUUUUUCCUGGGCUGAAUUUUGUGGCCCAUACUCGUUGAAAAUAAAGUGACAGUGAAUCUAUUGACCAGAAGAAAACCCACGAAAUAUCCUCUUAAAUUUCUUCAUCAAUCCUUAGUCCUUAGUAAUAGAGCAGC